CAAAAGGCAAAGGCUUCAUCGAUCGGAAAAAGGGGGUCUCUCUUGUACCGCCCCUUUCGUAGAUAAAAGACUAGUCUAAUAAAUCUCCUUCUUCCGAAACGAUUUCCUAACGAACCUUUAAUUUCAACAAGCAGCAAAAACGCGCUUAUAAUUUGAUUAUUCAAUUUUAUUUUUAACGUUCGUUUAAAACCCUAGCCUCUUUGUUUCUCUGGGGGAAGAUGUCUUUCGAUCUGAUUUUGAAGCCGUCAUGUAGCGGCUGCGGAUCGACCAAUGAUCUGUAUGGAAGCAACUGCAAGCACAUGACUUUGUGUGUCACUUGUGGCAAAACCAUGGCCGAGACCCAAGGCAAAUGCUGCGAAUGUGGCGCCAUUGUCACCCGCUUGAUUCGAGAAUACAAUGUUAGAGCAAGUUCUAGCACCGACAAGAACUACUUUAUUGGGAGGUUUGUGACUGGGUUGCCCAAUUUUUCAAAGAAGAAAAGUGCUGAAAAUAAAUGGUCUCUGCAAAAAGAAGGACUACAAGGACGCCAACUUACUGAUGCCUUGCGGGAGAAGUAUAAGAACAAACCUUGGUUGUUGGAGGAUGAAACAGGCCAGGCUCAGUAUCAGGGUCAUCUUGAAGGUUCACAGUCUGCAACUUAUUACCUGCUUAUGAUGCAAGGAAAGGAAUUUGUAGCUAUUCCGGCUGGCUCUUGGUACAACUUCCACAAGGUUGCGCAAUAUAAACAGCUUACAUUGGAAGAAGCGGAAGAAAAAAUGAAGAACAGGAGGAAGACUGCAGAUGGAUAUGAAAGAUGGAUGAUGAAAGCUGCAAAUAAUGGAGCUGCUGCAUUUGGCGAGGUGGAGAAGUUUGAUGACAAGGAUAAUAGCGUGGCUAGUGGGAGGGGGCGUAAAAAAGCAACUGGUGAUGAUGAUGAAGGUCAUGUUUCUGAUAAAGGAGAGGAAGAUGAAGAAGAUGAAGCAGCCAGAAAGAAUAGGCUUGCGCUUAACAAAAAAAGUGGUGAUGAUGAUGAAGAAGGUCCAAGGGGAGGUGAUCUUGAUAUGGAUGAUGAUGAUAUUGAGAAAGGUGAUGAUUGGGAGCAUGAAGAAAUAUUCACUGAUGAUGAUGAAGCUGUUGGUAAUGAUCCCGAGGAGAGGGAUUUGGCACCUGAAGUUCCUGCUCCUCCAGAAAUCAAGGAGGAUGAAGAUGAGGAGGAUGAAGAGCAGGAAGGAGGACUGAGUAAGUCUGGAAAAGAGUUGAAGAAGCUAUUAGGGAAAGCUGGUGGGCUUGACGAUUCAGAUGCAGAUGAUGACGAUGACGAUGAGGAUGUGGAUGAUGAUUUGAGCUUUAAUCCAGUACUAGCUCCUAAACAGAAGGAUGCACCUAAAGAAGAACCUGCUGAAAACAGUCCAAUUAAACCAGCACCUUCAGCUUCUGCUCGUGGAACCCCAAGUACAUCUAAGUCAGCAAAGGGAAAGAGAAAAGCAAAUGGUGAUGAUACAAAAGCUUCUAAUGGUACCCCUCUGAAGAAGGUUAAAUCAGAAUCUGGGCAGGAGUCAAAAUCUUCUGUGAAAGAGGAAAGUACACCUGCUUCCAAAGGUAGCGUGCCUUCCAAAGGCACACCAUCAUCUGCAAAAGCUGGAUCAACAUCAGCUGCUGGUGCAUCAUCAUCUUCAAAAGCAGGAUCUGCAUCAACUGCUGGACCAGUAACUGAAGAAGAAAUUAGAGCUGUUUUAUUGCAAAAGGCACCUGUAACGACACAAGAUCUUGUUGCUAAAUUCAAAGCUAGGCUAAAAUCUCCCGAGGAUAAGAAGGGUUUUGCAGAUAUUCUUAGGCGAAUUUCUAAGAUACAAAAGACAAAUGGACCUAAUAACUACGUCGUCUUGAGAGAAAAGUAAUGGUUAGAUCUCCACGUUUUCCUGUGCAUUAUUCUCAAGAGUGAGGGGAAGAUGGUGGGGCUGGAUAAUCAUCUUGCAUUUCCUGGAAAUCGAUCUGGCAAGAGGUGAUUCCCGUUUCAGCAAGAAGGCCAGAAACAUUAGACUUUCUGUUAUCCUGUGAAUUUUAAGACCGGUACCUGGAUAUUCUAUGCCAACGUGUAUUUUCUAGAAUUUACGGUUUCACAUUUUGUUAUUGGGACUUACCGUAUUAUGCCAAUAGAAGAAUGGCUAAAGAGUCGCACGAAGUUCUAAAUUUCAGCUGUAGGUUUCGGCAUGCCGCCUUUUCCUUCUUGCCAUAUCGUACUGUUGAAAUUGUUUACCAUCAUUUUAAAAAAUAUUCUUACCACCCAUUAGUUAUUUUAACAUUUU